CGUCCUGAGGAAAAUUGUGUUUUUAUCGUGAUGGAAAAAUUACGCGUGUUUUUUUAGUAGAAGUUAGUAAGAAAAUUGUACAUAGUGUAGUUAAUUGAAUGGCGUACACGUGGGCCGACAAUGUCCACACUACGGCCUUCACGCCAAGGGAUUAUCAGGUGGAGUUGCUGGCGGCGGCGUUUGAGGAGAAUGUUUUUGUCUGCAUUGAGCAAAACUCCUCCAAAGAGUUCAUUGCCCUCAAGCUCAUCCAUGAGCUGGGCAGUGAUCUGCGACGAGAGGACACCCCUAAAGCGACAAUCUACCUAUCCAGCGAGAGAAAUGGGGUCUCAACAUACAAUCUCGUCUACCACCUCACAGACUUGGAGCCAAUGAAUUGUUGUGAAUUCGAAGAGCCCAAAUUGAAAACGGAAGAUCUUCUCCGGAAGGUUGUGAUAAUUGGUCCGCAACAAUUUUUAGCCCUCUUGGAGAACAGGGUGUUAGGAAUUGAUCAAAUCAACCUCAUCGUGGUGGAAAAUUGUCACAAGAUGACCUUUUCGAAGGAUAUUCAAGAAAUUUUUGUUAGGUUUUACAAGAAAACUCCAAGUAAACCCAAAAUUCUGGGCUUAGCGGGUCCUUUACACAACGCUGGGUGUCCACUAGGACGCCUGGGGGCAGAGAUUGAGUGUUUGGAACAGUUUGUUCACUGUCGUGCAGAAACUGCCAGUGAUAUCGUCACUCUUCUGCGUUAUUGCACAAAACCGCAGGAGAUUGUUGUCCAGUGUGCUCCUCUGUCCUGUGACGAGUUGACAUUAUCCCUGACCCAGUUGGUUCAGUCAAAGAUAGACUAUCUCUCGGAUCAUCGGUUUGAUCCCAUGGAAAUCUACAGUGACGAAUACUACGAUGAGCUGAAGAACAUUCCAGACCCAAAAGCUGAACCCCUAAGUUUCCUGGAGGAUUUCCUGCAAGUGCUGAAGGAAUUUGGCCCAUGGUGUGCUGAUAAGGCAGCCCUUGCGCUUCUCAUUCAAAUUGAGAAAAGCAAAGUAAAAACUCCCUACGAAAGACACUUUCUCUUACUAUGCAUGACUUCUACUACCUUUGUCCACGUGCGGGCAUUCUGUGAUAGCUAUUUUAGUCAAUUAUCCAGUGAACGAGAACGCAUCGGCAAGUAUUCAUCACCCAAAGUUCUCAGAUUGCUCAGCAUUCUGCGGUGCUUCAAGCCCGAUCCCAAGCAUGUGGGCAAGCUAAGCGAGACCCAAAUUAAGGAAAAUGGAGAAAGUGGCGAAGGAAUAGCCCAGCUUCUUAAAGAAAUUGACUCAUUAGAUUUCAAAGGACUCACUCUGAGCAGUGAACAGAUUGAGGAGCAUGUAAAUGGAAUGGUAGAAAUUCAAGAAUCAUCUAAACUAAAGGAUACUCUGAGGAAUAUAACUGAAAAGACCUUAGAUGUGCAACCAAAUGCCACAAACUCGCCGUUGAGAAGUGAAGGAAGGGUGCCAAGAAUGCGACGAAAGAAUCUGAUGUCACAUAGCCGGCAGCAUCGUGGAGCCAACAGUCAGUCAAUGGAUCCGGAUGCUCUCUGUGGCCUUGUAUUUUGUGACACGGAGUUCGCCUCUAGAGUUCUCUUCUCGCUAUUGUAUGAAGUAUCCAAAUCCGACGAGGAGUUGAAUUACCUCUCAGUGCAGUACAUUGUGGACAAAGUGGCGGAUCCACUGAAGGAGGUGAAACAGGCUGAAAGUGAGCACAGAAAGCAGGAAGAGGUACUGAAGAGAUUCCGCAUGCAUGAAUGCAAUCUACUUAUCGGUACAUCCAUACUGGAGAAGGAGAUUGAUUUGCCAAAGUGCAAUUUAGUCAUACGCUGGAAUCCACCAAAGACAUAUCGGAGCUAUGUGCAGUGCAAAGGACGAGCGAGAGCAACUAAGGCUUAUCACAUAAUCAUGGUUGGAGCGGAUGUGCGUCCGCAAGAGGCGAUCAAUAACGAUGAUGAUGUGAAUGGAUGCGAAAAUGACUCUCUAGAAACUAGUAAUACUCCGGAAAAAGCCACAGAGAAUAUAGAUGACAACCUCGAAGAGAUGAGAAGGAACACUGAGGGAAUGGUGAGGCAAUUUGCUGAAUAUGUGGAAAUUGAGAAGAUGCUUCUUCGACGAUGUGCCAACAAUGAGCCUGACCAGAGUGAACUUACACUAUCUGAAAGGUACACUCAGUGCAUCGUUCCAUACAAGCCACUUCCUGCAUUCGAUGCGCCAAGCGUAAAUCUCUCAACAGCUGUUGCCCUUGUAAAUAAGUACUGUGCCAAAUUGCCAAGUGACACAUUCACCAAACUCACCCCCAUUUGGCGGUAUGAGAAGGCCCAGUGGCGAGCCAGGCCGCUCUACAAGUGCUCUCUCAGACUACCAAUUAAUUCACCAUUGAAGUGUGACAUCAACGGAUGCCUCAUGCCAUCACGAACACUCGCCCGCCGCCUAACAGCUCUAAUUGCGUGUCGCUUGCUCCACAUGUGUGGUGAACUCGAUGAUAAUCUGCAGCCCAUCGGGAAGGAGGGAUAUCGUGCCUUUGAGCCCGACUGGGAGAAUUUCGAGCUCGAGUCAACCGACGAAAUGUUGAUUAAUGACAACUUGGAACCCCGACCCGGUACGACAAAACGGAGACAGUACUACUACAAAAGGGUCGCAUCCGCUCUUUCUGGCUGUCGCCCAACUGUGGGUGAGCAGUGCUACUUUUACUACAUUCAGAUGGUGCUCAAGUGCCCCAUCCCCGAGGAACAGAACACUCGAGGCCGCAAAAUCUAUCCACCGGAAGAAUCACUGCAGGGCUUUGGUAUAUUGACUGUGAAGAAAAUCCCCCAGAUCAGUGCAUUCCCUAUAUUCACGCGCUCUGGUGAGGUGGAGGUCUCCCUGCGACUUGUUGCCACUGACAUUAUCCUCACGGAAACACGGUUGCAGCACAUUAACACCUUCAUCAAUUACACCUUCACGAAUGUCCUAAGACUCCAGAAGUACCUGAUGCUCUUCGAUGCGGACGCUAAUGAAAAUUGCUACUUUGUUGUACCCACUAUAAAGGUGGAGAAUGACGGGGUGGCUGUGGACUGGGAGUUCUUGCGCCUGAUCAAUGACAAUGCUGAUGUAUUGCCUCAAGCUGUGUCGGAAACGGAGAGAACAACCCAAACAUUCGAUGCCAAUAAAUUCAAGGAUGCUGUCGUGAUGCCGUGGUACCGUAAUCAGGAUCAACCACAGUAUUUCUACGUGGCGGAGAUUUGUUUCCACUUAUCCCCAGAGAGCAGCUUUCCCGGUGAGAAUUACAGCACAUUCCGCGAAUACUAUUUUCGCAAGUAUGGCAUACAGGUGCAGAAUUGUAAACAGCCCCUUCUCGAUGUGGAUCACACCAGUGCCCGGCUCAAUUUUCUUACGCCGCGCUACGUGAACAGAAAGGGAGUGGCACUGCCAACAAGUUCUGAGGAGACAAAGCGCGCAAAGAGGGAGAAUUUGGAACAAAAGCAAAUUCUAGUUCCGGAACUUUGCACGAUUCAUCCAUUUUCGGCCUCUCUGUGGCGGGCAGCGGUUUGUCUCCCAUGCAUCUUGUAUAGAUUUAAUGCCCUCCUCUUGGCCGACGAGAUACGUCGCCAAGUGUCACAGGAUUUGGGAUUGGGAAAAGUGGCAAAUGGAGAGGAUUUUGAGUGGCCAUCGCUAGAUUUUGGAUGGAGUUUAGCAGAAGUGCUGAAAAAGUCUCGCGAGAUAGCUAAACAGGAGUCUCCGGAGAAAAGUGACGAUGAAUCCUCGUCAGAGAAACCCGUCCAGGAGGAGAAGAUAAAGAAGCAAAGCAGUAAACUCAGCAAGAAAUUGAAUGGUGUAACAGCAGAGAAGGAGGAUGAUGAUUUGGAUGACGAGUCCAAUGAAUAUGACGAAGAUCUUAUGGAAAUUGGCACUUGGUCUAAUGAUAUGGCUAAUGAUGUUCAGAUAAGCUUUGAUGGGCUAGCUGAUGAUAACUGGACCAUUCAGAAUCCCAAUCAAAUUCGGUAUGGAUCACCAACAUCGUGGAAUGCAUCAAAUCAGUCGGGAAAUGUCUUUGAUUCCACUUAUUAUGACACAGACUCCGAUGAUUCACUCCAAUCUGACCAGGAUGACACUGAGAGUGUUAAGAGUGAGGGAAAGAUGCGCAUUGAAUUUAAAUCGGACAAUCUAGCGGAAGCUAUUGAGACUGAAGAGGAGAUUCUUAAGCGCCAGAAGAAACUUGCCAUUAUCAAUGACAUGAUUCUGGGCGGUCAAGCUUCAGAUUCAGGAGAGAAUGAUUUUAAUAAUCUUCAAAGACUUCCUGAUGUCAAUCUGAGUUGUUCUAUUGAAGAAUGCGAGAGUAAGUUUGAAGAGGCUGUGUUGGAUAACAUCGAUAGGAUCAAGAGAUCAGGAAUGAUGGUGAAUUACAACGAAGAUGUAGUUAUCGUGAAAAAAAGGGACAGCACCAAAGAAAUAACACCGACGUUCUCUCUUGAACUUCUUGAGGAAUUUCUUCCUUAUGCGGCGAAAAAGGAUUUGCAACGAUUUUAUCAGGACGGUGGAUUAACUCUUGACAAUUUACACUCUAUCAAUAAGGCAUUCAUAGAAGAAAGCAAAGCUGAUAAUGUGGAAAAUCUCUGUUCUGGACAUCUCUUCGAUAGAUUCAUUACCAAGCCAACUAUGUCUGAAGACGCCUUUAUUGAACAACGACGGAGAAAAUUGCAACAAAACUUGUCCUUGACAGCUGAGGAGAUGAUGGAGAACUACAACGAUAAAAUUCCUAAUGACAAGCCUGAAUUCUUCAGUUUUGACUAUCAACCAAAUCUCAAGGGUCAUCCUGGACCUAGUCCUAGCAUUAUCCUUCAAGCGCUGACCAUGUCCAAUGCUAAUGAUGGCAUUAACCUUGAGAGACUGGAAACUAUAGGAGAUUCUUUUCUCAAAUACGCCAUAACAACCUAUCUUUAUUGCACCUAUGAAGACGUUCAUGAGGGAAAAUUGAGUCAUCUCCGUUCGAAACAAGUCUCCAACCUCAAUCUCUACCGUCUGGGACGACGAAAGAUGCUGGGUGAAAGCAUGAUAUCAACCAAGUUUGAGCCUCAUGACAACUGGUUGCCGCCAUGCUACUAUAUUCCGAAGGAAUUAGAGAAGGCCCUGAUUGAGGCACGAAUUCCGGCCUGUCAUUGGAAUCUUGCAGAACUGCCCAAUCUCAAGGAGAUGACGAGUCAGGAAAUUUGUAACCUCAUCCGUGAUCGCGCCAAUGUUCUAGGACUGGCAGAGAAGGUGGACAAAGACGAUGAGAUGGAUACAAGUUUAAAUUUCGAUAACUUUCCCUGCUUCAUCCCCUACAAUUUGGUCACACAGCACAGUAUUCCAGACAAAUCUGUCGCGGACUGCGUGGAGGCUCUAAUAGGAGCAUACUUAAUCGAGUGUGGGCCAAGAGGUGCUCUUUUGUUCAUGGCCUGGGUAGGAAUUCGUGUCCUGCCUUGCUUUGAAAUCUCAUAUCCCGAAAAACUAGAUCGCUUGCCAGGAACAUCAACUCUGGAGCAUGAGAAAGACACAUCCCGAAGAACAGUGUAUGGAUGGUGGACUGCUCCAAAAUCGCCUCUUCUAAGUCACUAUCCUCAGCCGAUGAAAAUGCUCACGGAACUUCUGGAUGGCUUUGGACAGUUUGAAAAAACAAUAGACUAUGAAUUUCGGGAUAAAUCUUAUCUUCUACAAGCCAUGACUCAUGCUUCCUAUUCUCCCAAUCGCCUCACUGACUGCUAUCAGCGAUUGGAGUUUUUGGGCGAUGCUGUUCUGGACUAUCUUAUCACCAGGCAUCUUUACGAAGAUCCCCGCCAACACUCUCCAGGAGCCCUGACUGACCUGAGGUCCGCCCUGGUUAACAAUACAAUCUUCGCCUCAUUGGCCGUCCGUCAUGGCUUCCACAAGUACUUCAGACAUCUCUCACCCGGUCUCAAUGAGGUCAUUGAUCGCUUCGUGAGGUUCCAGCAUGAGAACGGCCACAGCAUCAGCGAAGAGUACUAUCUAAUUUCCGAGGACGAGUGUGAUGAGGCUGAGGACGUGGAGGUGCCGAAGGCACUUGGAGACGUAUUCGAAUCUGUCGCUGGUGCAAUAUUUCUCGACUCGGGAAUGUCUCUCGAUGCCGUGUGGAAGGUGUACAGCAAUAUGAUGCGGCCAGAGAUCGAACAGUUCAGCAAUUCAGUGCCAAAGUCGCCAAUAAGGGAACUUCUGGAGUUGGAGCCAGAGACAGCCAAGUUUAGCAAACCAGAGAAACUCGCGGAUGGUCGGAGGGUGCGAGUGAUGGUGGAGGUCUUUGGAAAAGGGACUUUCCGUGGAAUUGGCCGCAAUUAUCGAAUCGCCAAGUGUACAGCGGCUAAGUGUGCGCUUCGUCAGCUCAAGAAACAGGGACUUAUUGGCAAAAAGCACUAAGAAUGAUCUACAUAAAUAAUAAAAAGUAUUUGUAACGAUUCUACCUU